AUGAACACAAAAUAUUUAAGAAACAGAUUAGAAGGUAUUACACAAUCGGUUGCAUCAUCAGCACUUACAUAUAGUGAUAGUGAUGAUGAUCAUGACAAUCGUGAUUAUCUUGCAAGAUAUGUGGAUAAUCCACUAAUAUCACGUAAACAAGAUGAAAUAUCUCGAUAUCUUAAAUUUGACCAUCGUGAAACAAACACAUCUGAUAUACUUGAAUUUUAG